AUGCCACCAAGCCAAGCUUCAGCCACAGCCUCCCACACGCUUUUAACCCAUAUAUUUGUCGGGCCUGGGUUCGCUGUGCUUCUCGCCAUGCCUUUCUCUUUUGGCAAAUCCCAAAAAAGCCCUGCUGAAACAGUGAGGACUUUAAAAGAGAAUGUUGCCUACUUAGAAAAACUGGACGCAGGAGACACUAAAAAGUCUGAAAAGGUUGUAGAGGAUAUUUCAAAGAACCUUACUUCACUAAAAGAUAUGCUUUGUGGAACUGGCGACAAGGAGCCCCAAACAGAAGCUGUAGUACAACUUUCUCAGGAGUUUUACAACACCAAUCUGUUUGAAUCUCUCAUUGAAAACCUCCAUAGGAUCGAUUUUGAGGGCAAGAAGGAUGUGGUUCAUUUGUUCUGUAACAUAGUUAGACGACAGAUUGGCACUCUCACACCCACGGUAGAAUACAUCUCUUCACACACGCAGAUCCUCUUCAUGCUUUUAAAUGGGUACGAGAGCCCUGAGGUGGCCCUGAACUGCGGGAUGAUGCUGAGAGAGUGUCUGCGUCAUGAGCCAUUGGCCGAGACCGUUCUUUUGUCUCCGGAGUUUUACAACUUCUUCAGAUACGUUGAACUCUCCACUUUCGACAUUGCAUCGGACGCUUUUGCCUCUUUUAAGGAUCUCCUCACAAGACACAAAAUCCUGUGUGCAGAUUUUCUGGAUAAAUACUAUGACAAGGUGUUUAUGCACUAUGAAAAACUCCUUCUUUCCGAAAACUACGUGACCAAACGGCAGUCUUUAAAGCUUCUGGGAGAACUCCUCUUGGACCGACACAACUUCACGGUGAUGGAAAGAUACAUCAGUAAACCAGAAAACCUGAAGCUCAUGAUGAACCUGCUGCGAGACAAGAGCAGAAACAUCCAGUUCGAAGCAUUCCAUGUUUUUAAGGUUUUUGUGGCGAACCCAAACAAGACCCAACCAGUGCUGGACAUCCUUCUGAAGAACCAGGCCAAACUGGUGGAGUUCCUGAGCAACUUCCAGAUCGACCGCUCCGAGGACGAGCAGUUCUGCGACGAGAAGAACUACCUGAUAAAACAGAUCCAGUACCUGAAGAAGCCACCGGCCCCUGAGGAGGCCCACGCCUCCUAG